CUUGAUGGUUGCUGGCAUGGCGCGACGCUGAUUGGUCCGGCCGCGGCCUGACGUCAGGAGGCUGGGAAUAAGGCUGGGUUGGAGCUUUAGGAGCAAGACAGUUUACUGGAGACCCAGCGCAUCCCAGCAUACACACGGUACUGGAGACUGAGGGCAUCCCAGCAUACACACUGACUACUACCGGAGCCGAAAGCGUAUCGCAGCAUCCCCCGCCGCCACAAGCUGAACGUCCAGGAUCAUCGGACUGAGCGAGAGGGGAAAACACUCUUUUGAAAAAAACCUUUUGGGUGUGUGAUUUUGUUUCCUGCCGGGUUGUGCACAGUGGAUACGCUGCCAUGUCAAAGUACACUGAAUUAUUUAUAGGCGUGCGUGUCUUGUUGUGUGACAGCUCUGCCCUAAAAGCGUUUUAUUAGACGCCUCUUCCAGCACUGACUGGCACACGACGCUCCUCUCACCGAUGCGUCACUUCCAAGAGCGCCGGGACAACCAAACUGGCUCCAGUCUUCUCACCUGAGCCGAUCUGCAGCUUCCUGUGUUGAAAUCUACAUUUCAGUUGAAUUGUGUGUUUUGCCCCGGAUCCAAUAAAGGACUGAUUAUUUUCUUUACCUUUUGGUUUUUUCACCUGAGAGAGAGGACGAGUCGCCAUCCUGUCUGUUUUUCUUUUUGGACGCUGAGCCUUUUUACGCAUGCAGGGAGAAAACUGUGGUGACACCUGAUCGACUGGCUUCUCCGCGCACAUUGACCCGGGAGCUCCAGGCGAAUCAAGGAAGGAGAAAGCAGAUUCUCGGUCAAUGCUCGGCCUGUGCUGAUGAUUUUGUUUGUGUGUGUGCGCUUCAUUUGUGGGGUUGUAGCCCAGCCAAAGCCAUGGUCCACUGCGCCGGCUGCGAGAGGCCUAUUCUGGACCGCUUUCUGCUCAACGUGCUGGAUAGAGCCUGGCACGUCAAGUGCGUGCAGUGCUGCGAGUGCAAAUGUAACUUGACAGAGAAAUGUUUUUCUCGAGAGGGGAGACUAUACUGCAAAAAUGAUUUCUUUAGACGGUUCGGCACAAAGUGUGGCGGCUGUUCGCAGGGCAUCUCUCCAAACGACCUGGUCCGGAGGGCCCGGAGCAAAGUGUUUCACCUCAACUGCUUCACCUGCAUGAUGUGCAAUAAGCAGCUCUCCACCGGAGAGGAGCUUUACAUCAUAGACGAGAAUAAAUUCGUUUGCAAAGACGAUUACCUAAACAACGCCAGUGUAAAAGACACCAACCUCCUCUCAGUAACGGCGUGCAGCGACCCCAGUUUAUCGCCGGACUCUCAAGACCAGCUACAGGACGACGUGGUCCUAAAGGACACGGAGAUUGCCGCCCUGUCCGACAAAGAGACGGUCAAUAACGAGAAUGACGACCAGAACCUCGGCGGGAAGCGGCGCGGCCCGCGGACCACCAUCAAGGCCAAACAGCUGGAGACGCUGAAGGCGGCGUUCGCUGCCACCCCCAAACCCACCAGACACAUCAGGGAGCAGCUGGCCCAGGAGACCGGCCUCAACAUGAGGGUCAUCCAGGUCUGGUUCCAAAACCGACGUUCCAAAGAGAGGCGCAUGAAGCAGCUGAGCGCGCUAGGCGCCCGGAGGCAUGCGUUUUUCCGGAGCCCGAGGCGGAUGAGGACGCUGGUGGACCGCCUGGAACCCGGAGAGCUGAUCCCCAACGGGCCCUUCUCCUACUACGGAGAUUAUCAAAGCGAGUACUACGGCCCAGGAGGGAACUAUGAUUUCUUCCCUCAGGGGCCUCCAUCGUCACAGGCCCAGACCCCAGUCGAUCUCCCCUUCGUACCCUCCUCAGGCCCCACGGGCACCCCCCUCGGAGGUAUGGAUCACCCCCUGCCGGGCCACCACCCCUCCAGCGAAGUGCAACGCUUCUCCGAUAUCAUGUCCCACCACCCGGGGGACUCUCCCAGCCCAGAGCCCGGCAUCCCGGGACCCCUCCACAGCAUCUCUUCCGAGGUGUUCGGCCCUAGUCCGCCUUUUACCUCACUGUCACUGAACGGCAGCGGAUACAACAACCACCUGUCCCACCCGCCCUCGGAAAUGAACGAGGGCACUGUGUGGUAGCUUUUUGAGAGUGGACUCUACUGGUGAGAGAUUCGGUAACGGAGGGUGGUGAGGUUUGGUGGUGUUUGGGGCUGGGGAUGAGUACAGGGAAAUGGAUAUCGACAGGGUUAGGGCAACCAUUGAAUCAUUAUUUUUUUUUUGGUGUUUUCAUAUUUAUUUAUUUAUUUUCCCAUUUGAUCUGUUGACCUUUUUUGUGGGGAAAGCAUAUCUGGCAUAAAACAUUGUCUUCAGUAUUGUGUUUGGGUGUUUCUAUUGCUACGUUUGCCCCCCCACACCCCACCCUGCAUCCAAAACUGGACUCACGUAAAAAAAAAAAAAAGAAUGGGUAAGACUGCUGAACUGCCACCCAUUCGGCCCCCUUUUUUGGGCCCCUGGGACACCCUGUCACCCUCAAACCCCCCAACCCGACAGUGGCCCAGCAUAGCGACCAAACCUCCUAACACUCACCGGUGGGGUAAAAAACAACCCUUUCGAAAUCUCCUAUAGUAUGUCCCGAACACGAAAACAUCAUUAGCUACUGUCAAAGACUUCAAUAGCUUUACAGAGAGAGAAUAAAGGGGCAGAGGGUUGAUCGUGUGCUGACCUGGCACUGUAGGAAGGCUGAGCAGCGUUCAGACUAUGUUCGAGGCACUAGACUUGUCCCUUGUAUUUAUUCAGAAGCUCCUCAGACCUCUUGGCCUCUCAAGGCUCUGCCAUAUUGACACUUAACCUUUUUGACACUAUGUUUCUGAAGGCCAGAGGAAAUGACAAUUUUUCCUCUGUCAGGACUAUUUGUUUCUUUUCUUUUCUUUUCUUUUCACGGUUUCAGAAUUUCCACCAAAUCUGAAGAAGGCCGCCUUCAAAAGGCAAACAGUAAAAACCCUCUACGGAUUGCAAACCCUUUAUUUAAAAUGGAAGUGAACUUGAAAUGUUGAAAUGAAGUCUACCUUCUAAAAAUCUUCUACCGGGGUUCUAAAUGGGACUUAGAACAGUCAACUGUUUACGUAAUCUAUUUAAUUCAGGAGUCCAGAAGUCUCGAAAACGAUGUUUUAGAACCUCUCGAUCCAUAUAAAAAUGUUCCAAGCAACCAACCAAACUUUUGUAUUGAUUUCAUUUAUAUUGUAUGGAGAUAAAAACACAUUUGCUGGGGUUGUGGUUCACUGUGCUAGUUUGUACAAGAUGUUGUUUACAAAAAAGGUAAAAAAAUAAAAUAAAAAAACAAUAAAAACAUAAGUAGACAUUUGCCAAAUUAAAAAAAAUAGCACAAAUACUGUUAAAGUGCUUUGCACCAUCAUCUGCAGAACAUGUUGAGACAAAAUGUAAGUGUUAAAAGGAGUAAUUGACUUCUUAAUUUUUUAGUCUGCUGACAAUACAUUCAUAAAAUUGUUAAUAUAACAUACUUAGACAGGUUUUAUUUUUGUGUCUUCGAAGGAGAAAAUCCCAACUAUUAAAAAUUGAUGGUCAAAUAUGCAGCUAGUAGCUGCUACAUCUCUUUGAAUAUCAAUCCCUCAUGGUAUGUCUUUUAUUGUUCCAAUAAACCUAAGCUUAUGUGACCUCCAGUGCAUAUUAGACCAUUCACUGUAUAAAUACAACAUGUUGACAAAAAUGUGUUUCUAAUAAAACUAGAAAAUAUA